AUGGCGGUUCCAGAAGGCCGCAGCAUCUACGAGGUCCUUGGCACCGUCCUCUACCGCACCGUACCCGUCAACAUCGACGAUGCAAACGUGCAACGGAAGCAGCAGCAGCAGCGGGAUGAUUUCAACGUUCCUCUUGACUACGACACGGCGCUGGCGCUGCGCGAGAUCGAUGAGGCGACCAUAGCGGCGCGCUACCUGGCUACGAAAGCCAGGGGUGCCGCUUCCGCCACUGCUGGCGGCGCCGCAUCUCGUGAUGGUCCCAUGGUGGCGGACAGGGUGUCUUCCGCAACAACAACGCGUGCGUCGGCGGCCGCGACGUCUGCAGUGCCAGUGCCGCCUCAGCGAUCUAACACACCGGCCUUCACGGCGGCACGCCAUGGUGGCUCAGGCAGCGGCGGAGGACAGCUUUCCGCCGCGAAGAUGUCGCCGUGUACUCUCAGAGUCGGAAGCCCGUGCGAGAAUACCUUGACGGCCAAAUUUAGAAGCAAUGUAGAGGCUGCAGGGGGCCAGUGGAACGCGAGCGAAGCUGUAGACAUUGCAACACAGAACGCCUAUCUCGUUAAGGCGCGAAUGAACGCUGCUGCUGCGACGAAGUCAACCGGGAGUGGUACUGGCGAGGUGCCAGCUGCAGCGCGGUCGAGCCGUGAUGGCGUCAGCGCGAUGACGGUGGCGCAAGCAAUGGAAAUCUUGUUCCCUGUAGAGGAGGUGGGCCACGGCGGUGGCAGCAGAGAGGAUUCCGCUAAAGACGGCGAAGAAAAGGCGAGUGAUGGUGCGCUGACACCUCCGCUCUCCGCUUCCACAUCUCCGGUUCUUAGCACAGCAACAGCCGCUGCGGCCAGAACUGCCGCCAGCACGCCGGUGGUGUGGCGCAGAGCCGACGUGGCUCACCUGUCUCGCCUGGACGUAGUUCUCCUCUACAAGCACCUUGAACGCCGCUGCGCCCGCGAGUCGGCGCGCCCUCGGGGGGUGGUGUGCCCGAAUCGGGAGUGCAUCUACAACGACGGCCUCCGCGAGUUAAUCCGGCAAGUCACCCUCCUGUGCCCGGAGCGCGGCCUUCUGCUCGACGAGUUAGCCCGUAGCAUGCGCCAAGCGAUCGAGACAUACGACGUGCUGCUCGACAGCGCAAACCAGUACGCGGUGCGCAAGAGCACCGAGCGUGACCUGCAUCAGUACUUAUUCGCGGAGAAGACCGACCUUGAGACGGAGGUGCGCCGUCGUGAGCAUCGCGUCAGCGAGUGGCGCGCCAAGUACGCCGGCCUUCAGAAGCGCUUUCAAGAGCAGCAGGAGGCGGACCGAAAGCUGCACGCAGAGGAAAUCGCCUACGCCAAGCGUGCCAACCAGCAACUCGUGAGCGAAAUCAAGCGCCUCGCCUCGGAGGCGGGGAAGGCCAAGGGGGCCUGA